GGUAAGAGCUGUUAGUCACACGUACCACAGCUCCAUCUGUGGCGUUGCGGCGUCGUAAGCGGACACGGGAAGGAGAGGGGUGCAUAUUAAAGAAACUCCGGAGGAGGUCAAGAUAUAAAGGCAGCGUGCGCAAGGGAUACAAACUGAGUAUAUAUGUACCCCCCUAUGUACUUGGGCGGUUUAGAUUGCUGGUGGCUUAAGCCACUGUUUCAACAAUGGCUACUUACAUAGGUACCCAGGUAGUUAUGUAUGUGCCUCAGAGGUACAUCGCAAAAUCGUUCACUCAUAUCAUCCGAGACUCUGAAGUCAUAACACCUAGGUCCAUUGCGCGUAGUACAAUGUUUGUGGCUUGCAGCAUACAGUUGGAGUACACAGCAUCCGGUAAUAAAAUGCCGCUCCGUACAAAGGGCUGUUGGCCAUUUUCCAUCUCUCUUCGCAUAUCCUCGAAUCUUAUCCGAUAAAGCCGCCUACGCAACAUAUCCUACCUCGUUAAAUUUAGCUGUCUGGUGUAUUUUUCGUAGCGCUGCAAGCCACAAUGACAUCACCGGAAGAAUGGGCUAUCCCCAAAGGAUCUACCAUACUCAUCACGGGCGUCAACGGGUACAUUGGCUCUCACAUUACUGAUCAAUUCCUUCAUUAUGGAUUCAAACUCACCAACUUGUUUGAUGGGAAAUAUGGGAAAGGUCGCUUUGAACUAUGGAGGGUCCCAGAUCUGGCCGCUGAAGGCGCUCUUAACGAAGUUAUUAAAGGUGUAUCUGCUGUUAUCCAUUCCGCAUCUAUUAUGAACUUCGACUAUGACCCCGAUAGAGUCAUUCCUAGCUCUGUGGCAUUUGGUCUUAAUGCCCUAAAAGCAACAUAUACAGAGCCCGGUGUGAAGCGCUUCGUCUAUUGUUCCUCAUCGAGCGCCUCUGUCAUUUCUGCGCCGAACAGACCUGGUAUCUUAGUUACAGGGGAAACAUGGAACGACGAUGUUGUCAAAGAAGCUUAUGCGGAACCCCGGUCGCCUACCCCUGAGAAGAAAGGCGCAGUUUAUGGAGCAUCCAAGGUUCUAACCGAACAAGCAAUCUGGAAAUACCACAAUGAGCACUCUAAGGAACGAUCUGACCUUGUGGUCAAUACAGUGGUGCCUAAUACUAACAUAGGGAAGUGUCUUGAUCCAUAUAACCAAGGAUUUCCCAGUAGUGCUAGCUUGGUUGUUACAUUAUACUGGGGAGAGGUAAAACCGCACCAUUAUGGUAUUCCGCGGCAGUACUAUAUCAACGUCCAAGACACUGCUCGACUUCAUAUCGCAGCAGCCAUCUUUGAUAAUGUGCGAAGCCAGCGCAUUUUCGCAUUUGCUGGUCGCUUCAACUGGGACGCUAUCUUAGAUAUCCUACGCAAACUCGAGCCGAAUAAGGUCUUCCCUGAGAACUUUUCCGGUGGUGAAGAUACUAAUGAGAUUCAACCUCGUCCUAAAGCGGAACAGUUGCUGCGUAGACUCGGACGACCAGGUUGGACGUCCCUGGAAGAGUCGGUGCGAGAUCUAGUUUAG